AUGAUCAGACAUUGGAUAAUGUUUUUGUUUUGCGCUGACAUCGUUUGCACAUUGAAUAUGGACAUUGUUCAACCAGACUCUUUGAUUUUUACUGGGAUUGGAGGUACUGUGUCUCUCCCUUGCUUUUGUUCGUCUGAUAUGAUGAUCUAUGUUGCUUGGUUCAAGCAGACAUUUGGAGAGAAACCUCUUCCGAUGGCAUCAACAUUUCACCACUCUCAAGAGAGUUCAUAUUUCAACAACUUUACCAAGGAUUUCACUGAGACAAAACAUCUGAGUGUGAAGAGAGGAGGUGACAGCUUUAACCUGACCAUCUCUAAGACAGAGUCAGGGGACUCAGCUACAUAUUAUUGUGGUGUUAUGUUAAUGGGUGAAGUCAAAUUUGGAGAAGGAACUGUUUUAAUUGUUAAAGGUUCAGAGUCCAACAGCAUGUCUGUACUCCAGCAGCCUGUGUCUGAGUCAGUCAAGCCAGGAGACUCUGUGACUCUGAACUGUACAAUACACACUGAGACCUGUGCAGGAGAACACCGUGUCUAUUGGUUCAGACAUGGCACAGGAGAAUCCCAUCCAGGAAUAAUUUACACCCAUGGAGACAGGAGUGAUCAGUGUGAGAAGAGCCCUGAGGCUGGGUCUCCUACACAGAGCUGUGUCUACAACCUCCCCAAGAGGAACCUCAGCCUUUCUGAUGCUGGGACUUACUACUGUGCUGUGGCCUCAUGUGGGGAGAUACUAUUUGGCAAUGGGACCAAGCUGGACAUUGAAAAUGGUUGUAAGGAGGACCAGGUUCUCUUGGUGUACUGUCUGGGUGUAAUGUUGGCUCUUUGUGUCAUCAUCAUCAUUGUCCUUGGUUGUGUUAUGUAUAAGAUGACCAAGAAAACCUCUCCGCUGUGUAGAGGAACGCACCCUCAGCCAAGUGGUCCGGGAGUUCCCAGUUCUCAUAACCAGAAUCAAGAAGACGAUGACACAUUCACGACGGUCCAUUACGCUACUCUGAAUGUCAUCCACAAGAAGCCAAAGACCCGGAGACAGAGGAGCACCAUGGAGAGAGACACUGUGUACUCUGGGGUGAGAUGCCAAAACAUGGACUGA